UUUCCGGAACGUGUAGCUAUCGUUCCUACUCUUAACAUAGCCAGAUCAGCUGUUCCAAAGAUAAGGUUAUCGCUUCGACAUCUGCUCACCCCGAAGGCAGCUCCCACAGCCAGUGUACCGAGCAACGUUAUUCAGUUGAGAGACUCAUCUUGUAACCGGAAUCAUGGCUACUCCUCCGUACAAUUACUUCACUCAGAUAGGAGAUCCUGUGCUGCGCCAAGUGGCCGAAGAAGUUGCUCCGGAAGAGAUUGAUAGCCUGGAGGUCGAUCAGAUCGUGGAUCGUAUGGUGAAGGUGUUACGUCACUAUGAUUGCGUAGGCGUGGCAGCGCCUCAGGUGGGAAUACCGCUGCGCAUUAUAGCCAUGGAGUUCCGCGAGGGCAAAAAGGAUCAAUUUAAGCCGGAGAUUUACGAGGAGCGAAAAAUGUCCACACUACCCCUGGUGGUAUACGUUAAUCCGGAGGUGGAGAUAAUCAGCAGCCAGGUAAACAAGCAUCCCGAAGGCUGUAUGAGCGUGCGAGGCUAUUCCGCUCAGGUGGAGCGGUACGAUAAGGUCCGUAUUCGGGGCAUCGGAAAGCUGGGCACCCCCUCCGAGAUGGAGCUCGAGGGAUGGAGUGCGCGUAUAGCCCAGCACGAGAUGGAUCACCUGAAUGGAACUAUCUACGUGGACCGCAUGGAUGUGUCCACCUUCAACUGCGUCAGCUGGGAGCAGAUUAACGCCGCCGAGGGUCGCUCCGCCAUUUGGUUCCACAAGUAAACACGCUGAAGGAAAUGGAGAAACCCCUUGCGGUUGUAUCGCUUAAGAUUUUUAUUAAACUUUGAACUAUGUGUUUAGAUUGCCAGUUUUUCUGUAUCUUUAAUAAAAUUGAU